AUGGUGAAGGAGGAAGACUUGCUGACGUCAUUGAAGCAGCUCGAGGGGUCUUUGGAUUCAACAAAUGAAUUGUUGCUGCUUGUGAAUAAGAUUGCAGGGGAGAAGGAGGCCAACAUGGCAUCUUUAAGACUGGCUCAGAGAAAAGCGAUGUUGGACUCACUCAACGUGAAGAGAACGCAUAAACAGUACAAAGUGUGGGAAAACGAAAAACGGGACAACUUCAUCGCCAGCGAAAUUAAGGCGUACAACAAGAAGUACGCUCAGAUGUCGAGGUUGCACACAGAAUUGAGCGAGUUGGAGGAGAAGUUGAAUGAUACUAGAAAGCAGGUGUAUUUACCCAAUUUCAGAUUCUCCAUUCAGACGUUACAAAACUACGAUAACGGAUCUCUUUUGAAGUACGUUAAAAAAGACGAGGCAGGUACCUAUCCUCUGCUGGUACGUUUAGGUGAGCUAUUCAGCCUUGAGCCAAACUCAACUCAGUUAGCACCAGACUUCCAAACUUUCAAUAAACUUGUGAAUUUGGAAUUCCAUCUCCGAACGCUCUGCCAAAUCAAAUACGAGGUGCUUCUACGGAUCAAGGCGCAUCUUGAUAACAAGAACUCUCAAUGGGCCAAACGAGACAACUCACUUAAUGCGUUUAUUACACGAGAUCUCCGCGAGACGAUAGAUUUGGUGAAGAAGAUCAGGGCCUCAGAGACACAAGAUUUAAGGGACAUUGACGUUGACUCGGAGUUUGACUACGAUGGAGAGCGUGACGAGGAGAGAGAUGAUGAAGACGAAGAGAAGGAUCCUGAAGAAAAUGGCGAAGAACAGAACGAGGACCAAGGCGAGAACCAGAAUGAGGAGAGAAGUCACGAGGGGAAGGAUCAUGAGGAGAAUUACAACGGCGAGGAUGACGUAGCAAGAUCUGGCGAUGAUGAAGAAAUUAGGGAAGUUGAAGAGUCACAAGCAGAUGGGGAUGCCCAGGACAAGAUGAAUGUCGAUCAAGAGGAGGGUGUUCUGGAGAAGCAGGUCGAGGACGACGAAAAUGAGGAAGAGGGCCUCCAACAAACCGAAAUUGGUGCUCAAGCAGACGAGGCUAACGACGCAAUGGAUGCGGUUGGAGAUCAAGAGUCUACGGAAAUGCUUAUCGACUAA